CAGGCAGACAGAUGUUUUGUAGUUUGAACACUGGUGUCAUGGUGUGCACCUCGAGCCAUGGUCACCGUCCCCAUCAUCACUCGCGUUACGUGGUGUCGCCUGUGAGGUAGAGAAGAAGGCCCCAGAUGUUAAGCCUAGGCAAAUAAAGUGUUUCUGCUUUAUUUCCCGGGCUGAUAAUGAAGGGGAGCAUAUUGUAUAAUCCAUGGAAAGCACAAAACAGAUGGAACGCAGCAACCAAACAAGUGUCACCAUUUGGGUCAUUCAUAGUCUGACUCAUAAGGAUGGCCGGCCGGUAAGGAAUCCAGGUUGGUAGCUACAGCAGCUACCUUAUCCUGUCAUAUCCAAAUGAUGCUUUUAAUUGGUGGGCGAUCAUUCGAAAGGAAAAUGUAAAGGACAUAACGGACGGAUUAAUGACACCUAAAUACCCAAAUCAUCACCAUGCAUGCAUCUUGGCAACUUUUCAUCUGUCCGGUCCAUUGCUCGAUGGCCGUCCACACAACUUUCUUCAACACCGAAACUUUUCUCUUUUCUUUUCUUUUCUUCCAAUAAGAGUGAUUAAACUCUUUGGACCGGUUGUGCUUUAGUUACAGAGCUUUUGGAUUAUCUUGGAGUUCCAGAAGUUUCAUGGAGCACUCUAGUUUUUUGUUGCUGAAAGCAGCCACCGUACAGUGCUAAUAUAUUGACUUCCAUCAGGAUGGUUCGGCCAUAGUGAUCUGUCCCUCUUUCUUCCAUUCUCACCAAGCCGAAAAAAAACCCACAAACCAUGCCUCGUCAUCAUCUCCGUGUCUCGAUGAUCUCCCUCACCGGCUUCACCAUCCUGUCCCUCGCCCUCCUCUUCGCCUCCCUGCAAGCUCAAGCAGGAGCCAGCAACUUGGGCAGCGGCAAGGAGAAACGGCAGUCGUCGUCGUCGUCGGAGUACCUGCCGGUGCGUAGCGUGGUGUACCGGUCGCGGUCGUCGGUGGCGCUGCCGGCGGCGGCGGCGAAGACAGAGGCGGUGGGGUACGAGCCGUUCGCCGUGUGCGAGGGGUGCAGGUGCUGCUCGACGUCGAACUCGAGCAGCUGCGUGGACACGAGCUGCUGCUACUCCAUCGACUGCAACCUCCCGGGGAAGCCCUUCGGCACCUGCGCCUUCACGCCCCAAACCUGCGGCUGCGCCGGCACCAACAACUGCACCCAACCCUCCUGAUCCAUCGAUCCUUACCUUUGCUUUCCUCAUUCCUUGUCUGACAAAAGGGCUUUCCAAUUGGAUGCAAUGUUCUGAUGAUGCAAUUGCAAGAGUGGUAUGAUGCAAUUUUAGCUCUUGGAUCUCA